AUGGAAGGGAUGCUCUGCGACGAGCUGUUGCAGGAGAUCAUGCGAAGGCUGCCGGCCUCCGCCCGGCCGGCGGCGUCUCUGGUCUCCAAGCGGUGGCUGACACUUCUCCGCUCGUCCAUCCCGUCGCUGUCUCUGUGCCUGCCCUGCGGCUCUGCCCUCUCCUCCGCCGGUGUUGCCCCAAUUUCCUCCAUACUCAGCCGCUACUCUUCUCUCUCCACCCUCACCCUCGUCCUGCACGCGUCGUCGUCUUCAUCCUCUGGUUGCCCUAAUCCUUCCUUUUCCUCCGACGCCGUCCUCCUCUCCCUCUCUGACUGCGCUUCCUCCCACCUCCCCCAUCUCCGGCACCUGCGCCUUCUCGCCGGACCUGUGUCUACCUCCGUUCUCUCGGCUCUGCCCCUCUCGUCCCCUCUGCGGCGGCUGGCGUCCCUCCAGCUCUCCUCCCUCCGCCCCCUCUCCUUCCGAUGGCUUCUCCAAUUCCCCUUCCUCCGCGACCUCUCCAUCCACGACUGCAGCAGCUUCUCGGCAGCGGCAGCGGCGGCGGCGCCGUCCUCGGCAGGAAUCCUUGGAGGAAUACCAAAUCAGCAGAUGACGAACGGAGAAGAAGAGGAAGAAGAAGAAGCGGAAGGGAAAGAGAUCGCUCUGAAUUACCUCUCCCUGGCCGGCAUCCGCGCCGGCGACCACGGCGUCGGUUGGCUCUGGCGGCGCUGCCCCAACCUCCAGAGACUUCAUCUCCGCAGCUGCGAGGGCACCGGCGACGGUCCGUCCUCCCGCUUCUUCGCCCUCUGCCUCCAAAAUCUCCGGGAAGUCGAGCUUCGAACCUGCCGCGCCAUCGCCGACACCGUCCUCCUCCUCAUCGCCGACCACUGCCGAUCCCUCUCCACCCUCGUCCUCUACGAUGGCGGCAGCCGCGACGGCCUUCACCACUUCAUCCGGCGGUGCGGCUCGGCCCUGCGAACCCUAGACCUUCGUCUCCCUCUUGACCUCGAUAAUGGCCACCUCGUUGCCUUCGGGGAAAACUUCCGGUCCUUGGCCUGCCUCAGGCUUCAGAGCUGCUGCCUGAUCACCGGAGACGGGCUCCGGUCGCUCGCACGGGCGGCGGCAGGAGCCGCCAUUGAAGAGCUGGUUCUGGUGAACUGCGACGUCGUGGAGAGGGAACCAGGGUUGUUGACCUUCCUAGGGCAGAGCCUCAGGAGGCUGAGGAAGCUCGACCUGUCGCACAACGAGCUGCUGCUGGACAAGGAGCUGGGGGCCAUGCUGGCCUCCUGCGGCAACCUGGUAGAGAUCAAGCUGAGGGGUUGCAAGGGCCUCACAGAUGCCGUGAUGCCCUCCAUUUUCAGGUUCUGUGCUCUCCUGGAAGCCCUCGAUGUCACCCGGUGCCAGGGGAUCUCUGCAAAAGGUGUGGAGUUCCUGAUCCUCAGCUCUCCGCGUCUGAGACAGAUCCAUGUCGAGGAGGCCAAGGUCUCUGAAUCCGCCUACAUCUGGGCUUCAAGGAGGAUGAUCCAGGUCUACUAA